GAAACAAUCCGAUGGUCAUAAAAAACUAAUGUGAUAUCUAUUUGACCUAUAUAUUUUACAAUACACAUCAAAUGGCACGAAAGCAGAAUUAUGAACUGAAAUUGAUAGCAGCCAACAGAACUGCUGCUAGAACAAUAUGUUUAAAAGAAAAUGAAGCAAUCGUUACAGUCGUUCUCUCUACCGAUUCGAACUUCAGUGAUUCAAACAUGAACAUAGAAAUAUCCCGCCUUACAAUGGCCAGCAACGACCAGAGUGGAACCGAUCAAACUGAUCGAGGUCUCCGGAAGGAAUACUUUGGCAAUGGGGGCGGAUUCGGACGGUUUCUGCCACCGGUGUUUAAGCUGCUCGAAUUGGCAGUCGCCAUUAUCUGCAUCGGGCUCAUCGACGACCCAGCCAAUAACUCCAGGCUUCGACCGUUCGCGACAACACGCACCAUCGCACUUGCUUAUUCGACCUUCGUGCCCUUCCUGAUGUUUUCGGUGAUUUACCUGUUCGGCAAAGUCAUCAGAGAGAACAUUCCGUGGAAGCUUCAGUCACUGCUGAAUCUGACGGCAUUCAUAUUGUAUCUCGCGACGGCUAUUUGCAUCCUGCAUGACUGGUCGGAAACGAAAAACCGAAACUAUUGGCCGCCAAACACACAACGAAUGGAUUUCCUUUGCGGUGCAGGGUCUGUGGCAGUUGUUGGUGCUUUGCUGUACCUGCUGGAUCUGAUUGUUACGACAAGGUUGGGCGCCAAGGGCGAAAUCGAAUAAUCAAGGCGAAGAUGCGUAAUUUUCAUAGCUGUAAAUAACAAUCUUAUUAAGUAGUUGAGGUGUUGAGCCUCAACGCUUAUUUUAUAAAACAAAAAUCGCAAGCAGCCGACAAACGGAAUUCCCUCCAUUCGCAGCAGAGCCUACCAGAGCAUCUCGUACCGAGGACAUGUAAAUUUACGGACCAAAAACUAGAUCAUAGGACUACACAACAUACUUUAAGUUUAAGAGAGUAACAUUUUAAUUAUUUUUACGACUAUUUUACCGAUGCAUCCGUCCGAAGAAUUUAACAUCGAAGAAACCACGAUCGAAAAAACAAAAACUACAUUCCAAUCUCAGCAAACCGUGGGACUGACUACGUUUUCAUGGUAUCAAAGCCAUAUUGUUUUUCGUUUAGCUUUAGAAUGAAUGUACAAAUUACGCUCUUCAUGUAUGAAACCUUUGUCAUUUACCAGCCAUUUUAAAUAAACGAAAUAAACGUUUUAACUAAAUAGUA